UCUAAUUAUCUCCUCUGUAAAUGAAUUGAUUUAUUACGGAGUCAUGGGUCUUGGAACAGUGGUUUUGACAGCGUCUGCACAAACCGAUACUUAAAAGUCAGGGAAACGUGUUAACUUCUCGGUACGACUAACACCAACGCAUCUCAUUUAAAUUUUAGUGACAUUCAAGUGUUUGUUUCGCCCUGACGGACCACAGACCGCGAACCAGACGUAGGCCAACUGUUAAAGCUGUUAACAUGUUAGCAGACAUUGGCGUACUGUCAACAAAGUGUUACCUUAGUUGUGGAUUUCUUUUGAAUAUGAGGAAAAGUGCGAUUAUUUUCCGAAACACCGAGAACCGACUAGUGUUUCUGACGUGCUGUGAUGGCUUGCUAGCUGCCACCGCGGGAUGCUGAAGGACCGGGAGACCAUGGGGGUUACGACCGCCAGUCCCUGCCCCAGCGCCGAGGCGGCCGUGUGCGACGGAUGCGGAGGCCGUAUCACGGAUCGCUACUACCUGGUGACCGUCGACCGACAGUGGCACUCGGCCUGCCUGAAAUGCUGCGAGUGCAAAUUGCCUCUGGACUCCCAGGUCUCCUGCUUCGUCAAGGAUGGCAACAUCUACUGUAAGGAGGACUUUUACAGAUUAUUUGGUGUGAGGCGCUGUGAUCGAUGCCAGGCCGGCAUACAUGCCAAGGAUCUUGUGACAAGGGUAAACGACCAGGUUUACCACGUGGAUUGUUUCACCUGUGCGUCAUGUGGCGCAGUCCUUCGACCGGGUCAUCAGUUUCGAAUGCGGGACGGACUAGCGCACUGCCUGAGCCACUAUGAACUUGUAUACAGCCACAAUGGUUACUGUGGUGGUGUCGAGUUGGAGGCCACCUUCAGGGCGGGGGACUCCCCGGGGCAUUACUACAGUAGCGGCGUCGGAGUCCAGAAAGGUCGGCCGAGGAAGAGGAAGCUAUCAUCUGUUGUGGAUACGGGCGACCUUCCGAUCUCCAUGAGGCUUCCAGCUGCCGCACUAGAGAUCUUGCAUCCAGGAGAACUCUCAGCGUCUAUGGAAUCGCUGGCCUACGACGUUUCGGUAGGAUCUCCUGGAAACGGCCAACAGCAGCGGACCAAGAGGAUGAGGACCUCGUUCAAGCAUCACCAGCUGCGUACUAUGAAGUCGUACUUCGCCAUUAACCAGAAUCCUGACGCUAAGGACCUGAAGCAGCUGGCUCAGAAGACGGGACUCUCUAAGCGAGUGUUGCAGGUGUGGUUCCAGAACGCGAGAGCCAAGUGGCGCCGGAACCUGAUGAGGCAGGAGAACGGUCAGCAGGCAGUGGCUCCUGGCAAUACCAACGGUGCCAGUGGCGGGGGUCCCCCCUCGGUGGGCUCAGCAUCCGUGAUCCUAGGAGACAGCAACAGCCUACCGCCUCCAGACGAGGUUCACCAUCACCACCACCACCACCACCACGCCCAAACCACACAGACCCUCAGCUUUGGAGACCUGUACUAACCACCCCGAUCGCCGAGCUGAGCGUGUUACAGUUCCUACAGACACACCCCAACCUCACAACACGAAUAUAGCACGACGAAGGACAUUUAAUGUACAUAAGAAGGUUUGUGACAGUGGCUGAUUUAAUGGCAUUACACGAUUGUAAUAUAUACGACGUUUCGGGAUGUAAAAUUACUUUUUGAUAUGGCAGUUUUCAAGAUUUUCUUACAAAUACGCAUCUCCUUCAUCCAUUUUUUAAAUCAGUUGUCGAAUUUUUUUACGUAAACACCUGACAAAAUACACGAAAUGUGAAACUGGUUUACGUAAGCCACUAUUAAACGAAUUUUACUCAAAAUAUGCAUAGAAUUGAAAAUGUUGUUUAAAGCAUAAUUUUUGGGCGGAGAUUUACAGAUUUAAUUGCAAAGAUUGUUUUUCGGUUUGGUCUUACAUAUGUUACAAUUCAUUGGUGUACAGCGAUUUUACAAAUCUGAGAGAUUUUUCAUAUUUCCUUUUUAGAAAGACUCGGCAGUGAGAUAAAGAAAUGUGAUCAUGGUGCAGUCUUGGUAACUAAGUGUGUCAUAUUCUUCUUCUUUAGCACUACGGCCCUUUCGGUGUAGCCCAGUCUUCCCUAUUCUGUGCUUUCCUUCUCCAGCCUCUUACGGCCAUCUGUUUAAGAUCAGACCCCACGUCUUCGAUCCACCGGAGUUUCGGUCUUCCUUUCUUAAAUUUGCCCGGAGGUUUACUAUUGACGAUCAUCUUACAUCCUCUAUCAUCACUCAUUCGGAGUAUAUGUCCAAGAAGUGUGUCAUAUAACUUCAUAAAAUCUAAAAAGAAAUCCUAGAACCAGCACACUUCAUGUACUAUCGGUCACAAAUUUUCCGCUCCAAGCCGCACACCCCUACCACGAAACUUGUAAAUUUACCAUAUCAAAUAUUACGCUUACACGAAUAAAUUGUCAGCGUAAUUUUAUCCCAUUAAAUAAGCCGCAGAUUAUGACAAAAAUUUCACUUCAGAUCUCAUAUUUCAAAUUAAACAGAGUUUUCAUACUGCAUGCCUUGUGCUUCAAAGUUUUAUUUAGAUAGGGUACGUAUAUAAUCCAAUAGCAAAGUGCAAUUUAUUUUAUACGUUUUCGUGCUUAGUAAGUGAGCAGGUGGUCAUAAUAUCUAAUCAUGUCAUUGCUAAUAUUGCUUGAAAAUUUAAACUUGUUACAGCGAUAUUAUUGAAUUGCUAAGAAAUUAUUGAUCAAUAUCAUAACUACAGAAGCAUUCAUAUAUUUAUCGCCUCUGUAAGUUUUAAUUUGUAUUUUAUUCACAAUUCGUUCGGAUGUUUAUAGUCGAUCUUCCUACUAAAUUUCAUAUUUAUAGCUCCAACAGUCUAGCAGUUAUAGCUGUCGAACUGAAAUCCAAAUUAAAAUUUGUAUAUUCCCGCCACAUCGUUCUCAUAUUUCACAAAAUUGUGCCUUAACAAAACAACUCAGCGUUUCUGGAAGAUCAAUGUAUCUACAUCAUGUCAAGACACUAAAUUAGGUGAUUGUAGUGUUACUUCCAUCACUUAAAUUCCUACGUUUGUCGUAUUUGUUUUACAUUAAAUUUAAAUUAAUUUAUUAAACUAAAUUACAAUGUUGUCUCUGUCUUCAAUGGCGUAACGCACAUACUAAAUACAAUGAAGAUCGGACAGUUGAUUAAAAGCCUAAAAGGAGGGCACAUAGCCAGCAUAACGACAUGUAACUACAGUUGACUUAAUUUACGCUGAUGGAAAAAUUUAUAUAUUAACUAAAUUUGUAUGAAAUUGUCUUAUUUCGAUCCAAUAGACACUUUGCGAGUAUCGUGUUGUUUUUUUUAUAAUACAGGCUAAAGCUGUACUGGAAUUUUAACAUGUAUACAUUGUUAAUUUUUUCACAAUUAAAUCAACGACUUUAUUUAAUAAUAUAAAUAAAAUAGUUAAGUAUUUCACGAGGUGCGAGUUCCAUUACUCUCACUGUUACGAGAAAUAAAAUAUAUUAAAUAAAAAAUAUAUUCUGCCAAUAUACAUAUUCUACAGUAGAAUUAACAUCCGAAACGUCGUUUAUAAACCUCAGAUAAUGUUGUGCCAUAAACCGAAUCUCUCCUUAUUUCCCGACGCAAAAUGAGACACAUUCCAGCCAAUAGAACGGCUUAGCAAAAAGUGAUAUCAUGGCUAUAUUUAUGUUGUCCGUUGCAUUUUAGGCUGGAGAAAAUGUUUCGUGAUAUAUUCGUAAGUUAUUUUCCUUAUUAUUUGUAUAUAUAGAUAGGGCAGUAUAAAGUGUUGAUGUCAAUUUCCUCAGUUGUAUUAGCCAGGAAUAAGCGAAAGUAUAACAAAGUGUCAACUAACAAGGGUCUGUUUCUGUGACUUUAUAAGAAUCUGCGAACUUCAAAAUACGUGCACCAUUUCCGAAUCAAAAACGAACUGGAUGUCUUGAUUUUAUUUAUUAUUUAUGAAAAUGGUCAGACGUGGAUAUAACUGACAAAAUACACAUUAUUACACACUACAAAAAACUUGA